CCUGCCUGUGUUUUUCGAUUUUUGCCGCGCUCGUUCAGCUUCAGUACGUCGUUCACAUUUAAUCCGUUCGGUGCUUUUUGACUGUUUGGAACCUUUUUAAUAAUUACGUUGAAACGUUGUUGAUUCUUAUUAAAUAUUGUUUUGUUGAAUCUGAGGACGAACAAAAACAAAAACAACUCCCAAUCAAAGUCAAGGAAACCAAACAUAUGGCAAGACAACUCUAGGACAAACAACAAAAAAGGAAUACCUAAAAAAAACCAACAAAAAACAAAUUAAAAAAGAAAACAACAAAUCGCGAAAACAACAACAAAAAAGGAACUUAUGUGCAAUCGUUUUGUUUUUGUAUUAACUUAAUUAAUUAACUAAAUAAUUUGUAAAUAACUAAUAAUUUAAGUUAAUUUUAGUUUGCUUUGGUUUCUUAUAAAUGCGUUCAAACUAACGAGAGAGGAAAACCAAAAAAACAACGGUAAAUCAAAAAAUUACAAAUUUUUCAAAUAAAAAGAACGCUCAGUUUCAUUACAUUCAGUUACAAAUACAACAAAAAAGUGAUUUUCUGUUAGUUUCUCAAAAUUUAACAAACAAAAUUUACAACAAAAUUUGGAUUACAACUACAACAACUACAACAACAACAACAACUGCAACCACAACAACCCCAAAAAUAAAUAAAACUAAAAAACAAAAUAAUAACAAUAAUAAUAAAAAAGCAAACAAUACAAACCAACAAAACACACAACACAACUACAACAACAACUAAAAACAAACUACAGCUACAAUCGCAACAACCAAUAACAAGGAUAACAAAACGCAACUACAACUACAACUACAGCAGCAAUAAAAUAAUAACAGUAACAAUAAUAAAAGCAACAACAAACAACCUACAACAACAACAACAGAAAUAAAAAUAAUAUACAAACUUAACAAGCAAACAACUAAUAAAACUUUAUAAAUAAAUAAAUCCGCAACUAAGCAAUAAACCAAACCAACUCCCCCCAAAAAAACACAACAACAAUAACAUAGUAACCAACGAAAAAGCAAGCAGCAGCAACAAAAGUAAAAACCACGUAGAAAUCAUUUGGCAAAACCAACAAAUACAAAAUUUAAGCAGUAAAACAACAACAGCAACAACAAUAACAGUAAUAGUAACAACAACAAUAGCAACAGUAACAGCAACAACAACAACAACCGAAAAAACCGCAAUAGUAAAUAGGAACGAACAAAGUAAAUGCAAUAAAACAACAACAACAACCACAACAAAUACAAAUAUUUAAUUAAAUAAAAAUUAAACCAAAUAAAGCAGAAUUUCUUAACAAAAAGCAUAAAUAAUAAUACAGCGCAGAUACCGUUAAAAACCCGUGAAAUAGCAUACAAUACAAGCGAACCCAAAACUAAAACAAACAACAACAAAAAAUAGUCUCAAAAUUUGCAAACAAUAAAACGAAUUAACGGCAACAAUUAAUAAAACAAAUCAAACAACAACAACAACAGUAAGAAAAACAGUGAAAAAAAAACAAAAAACUACAACAGCAGCAACAAACAAACCGGUUAACCAGCAAAUCAAACAAAAAAUAAAAUAAACAGGAAAAAAAUAGCAAAUCGAAAUAGCCAAAAUUUGUUAAAUUUUUAAACAAAAUUUCAAUUCUGGACGCAAAUUGUAAGAAAUUUGAACAUUUUAAUGAAAAACUUUUAGUUCGGUAAUUUUUCGUGUUUAAAAUUUUGUUCUGAACUGUUCUGAACACGAGUGUCAAAAAAGCCAAAAACAACAACAACAUUAAAAACAACAAACAUAUGUGAAGAACAACAAAAAUUUAAGAGCUAAAAGCAUAAAUAAAGAACAAAAAGCUUGGAAGCAAAAAGUUUGUAUGCAAAAAAUUGCCCAAAAGAGAAUAACAAGCGAAUAGUGUUGGCCAAAAAUAAAUAAAAAAAUAAAUAAAAAAAUAUAUAAAAAAUAUAUUUCUUCCAAGUGUUGAAAACCAGCGUGAAAAGUGUGCGCUUUGAUAGCGGUGCAUAUAGUGAGAACAAAAGAAAAACAAUUUUUCGAACGGAUUUGCGUCGAAAACGCGCGGUAAAAAACUUUUUUUUAAACAAAAACCGUUUCGAAAGUUUGCACGGCGCUUUUCAGCACACAGAAAACGUUAUUUCGAAAGCGUACGGUAUCAAUAGUUUAGCGCGGUCAAAAGCGUUUUUUAAAAAGCUUUUAAAGACCGGUUGCCAGCGUUUAAAAGUGCGAGUGCUUAAGCACAGCUGCGUGAAAAAGUGAAAUCAAACGCAAUUAGUGCAACAAACAACACAGUUGCCAGUAUUAUACCGAAAAAAAAAUUGCUUGAAAGCAAAAUUUAUAGAAAACUUAAAAGUCUUGUAUACAAAAACAAAAAAAAACUUUUUGCAAACAAAUUUUGGACACAAAUUUUUAGCGUUAGUUAAAAGUCAUGGAUUCUCUGUGCGAAAACCAAAUAAAAAUUGCAUAAAAUAAGCAUACACUCACCCACAAAAAAAAAAUUAUAAAAAUAUACAAAAAUUUUAUUAAUGUAUUGUGGCACAAAAUAAAAUAAAAACACAAAAAUAGUUUCGGAACAAAACAAAAAUAAGUAUUCCAUUUGUAUGCGUAAACUAUUAACGAAAUAAAAAAUAAUAAUAAUAUUUCAUGAACUAUAACUAUGUCAAAUAAUAAUAGCGGCAAGCAAACAUAAAUAAGUAGUAGUCAAGAGUUUUUCAUAAAGAAUUGUGCGCGAAAAAUUACUAUUUCAAAAGUCUAUAACUGGCGAAGAGAACUAUCCAGAAAAUUAAAGCUACAAAUUGCGGCAACUUUUUCGAACGGAUUUAAGAAGUAAACAAAACAGCUCACAUUUGCACAUAAAAAUAUACAAAAUAUUUUGGCAACAAAAAUAUAUCAAAUCAAUAUCAAUUGCAACAGAGAAGUCUACGGAAUAGAUCGAACAGCGCUGCAACGUCUACACUUGUGAAACAAUCUUGUCAAGCACAGUGUGGGACACAGCAGACAACUACAAGCUGGCAAGCGGAUUUUAAAUUCCAAAAGCAACAACGAAAUUUGAAGAAAAUUUCAUGAAAAGCGAGAGAUUUUGACUUUAGACACAAAAACACAGCAAUUUUGGACUAAGAGUAAAGAUUUUUUAGCGAGAACAUAAAGAAAUAACAAUUAGAGUGUAAAGGCAAAUAAAAUAAAAAUAUAAACACAUAAACCACAUUUAACACAGCGGUGAAAAAAAUCAAUAAAACAAAAACAACAAAGCGUAAAAUUUAAUAUAAAAAAACAACAAAGUUUGAGGAGAAAGCCAAUAAAGCGCGUUAAUAAAACAAAUAACACCUGGCAAUAAAAGUAAAAACCCAACAAAAUAUGAGUAACCCCUUCAAAACAACAAAUACAACAACAACUGUAAUAAGUAAGCACAGCAAGCAGCCGUAUUGAAGCAGGCAGUGCUACAAAGAGAGAACGGCGAAUCACAGCCAAUGAAGAGCCAUAUUUAAAACAAGAAAUACAACAACAAUAAAAUCAGCAAAGUUGGAGCCGCUGAACAGUUAAAGUAUAUUGAAUGCAAACGGUCAAAAUGGGCUUUCAAGAGCAAUAACAACAAGAAGUGUAAUUCUAACACUAAACUUAACCGUUAAGAUAACAAAAUCAACGCCAAAGGAGUUAAGCACUCCACACGAAACAGAAACUCCCAGCAGCUUUACGAAAACCCGCGCUUUAAUACAUUACACCACAUAGGGCGGAGCAACAAUCACAAUACACACACACUCUCACACUCCUUCCUCCAGCGACAUGGCGAUCAAUUUCUCCGCAUCCUUUGCGGCUUGCAUCGCCGCUGGACUGAAGGUACCGCGACAAAUAAUGUAUUGCAUCACGCAAGACACCGGCCAGCCCUAUGUGCUGUACAAGGACUCACAGGAUGGCGAACGCAAUCCGGCCGCGAUUGGCGGUUCGGCCGCACAGUGGGGCAGCGAAAUGUAUCCGGGCAUACAGCAGCAGGCACAGCAACAUUUGCAAGCGCAACAACAACAGAAUGGACAGAACCCAGCCGCACAGAUAGCGAGCGCCGCGCAAGCAGCCGCCGCGGCGGUGGCGCAACAACAACAGCAGCAGCAACAGCAAGGCCAACAGCCGCAAAGUCCCACGGGUGAUCCGCGCGAAAAUGGCGGCGAUGGCGUGGGACGGCAGCAGGGCUCGCCCUCGACGAGUCCAUAUCCGCCGCAGCAGCGCGUCAAUGGCGGCGGGCCACCCGACGAUGAUGUCACCAUGAAUCAGGUCGCCAACCUGCAGGCCAGCCAACAGCAGAACUCGGCGCAAUCCAACCCAAACCAAAGCAACAAUGACCCGCAACAACACCAGAGCACGGGCCGCGAUGGCGGCGCGGGGAAUCCACAGCAACAGCACGUACAGAAUGGCGGCCCGACGCAACCGGGCCAACCUAACGAUAACUUCCAAACGCCGCAGGGCGGUGAACUCGGCGGCUACUAUGCGCCACGUCAUCCAGCGCCGCAAGGCGCCAUGCUGCCGCCACCCGGCUUCCCAGCACUACACUAUCUCAACAAACCGGUGUUGCCCGGCAUGGCGAACGCCAUGGAACAGAAUGGCGGUCUCGAGGGCUAUGCCAUGCCCGAACUGCUGCCAGGCGGCGCCGGCGGCGGUGGUGAUCAGCAAGGCAAUAAUGGUCAGCAGAAUGGCGGCGCUGGCGGUAAUGGCGGCAAUGCACACAACAGCGGCGCAAAUGGCAGCGGUGGCGGUGAAGGUCCAGUCGGCGCUGCAGGUGGCGCCGGCAAUGGCAAUGGCGCCGGCACUGGCACGGGUGGUGCUGGUGGUGCGGGCACAGGUACUGGCACCGGCAGUGGACGCGGCCGCCAUCCAAAUCCGAAUAAACCGCCAAAACCGCACAGCGAUUUGCGUUUGUUCAAGUGUUUGACCUGCGGCAAAGAUUUCAAACAGAAGAGCACACUACUGCAGCACGAUCGCAUACACACCGAUGCGCGUCCGUAUCCAUGUUCGGAGUGUGGCAAACGUUUCCGUCAACAAUCGCAUCUGACACAACAUUUACGCAUACACGCCAACGAGAAACCGUUCACGUGCGGCUAUUGUUCGCGCAGCUUCCGUCAGCGGGCGAUACUCAACCAACAUAUACGCAUCCAUUCGGGUGAGAAGCCCUACGCAUGCCCAGAGUGCGGCAAGCACUUUCGCCAGAAGGCCAUCCUCAAUCAACAUGUGCGCACCCACCAAGAUGUCUCACCGAAUCUUAUCUUCAAGAAUGGCCCACAUCCGACACUGUGGCCACAGGAUGUACCAUAUCCGGGUGAUGAGACUGAUACGAAGAAUGAUAUAGCCGGCGGUAGUGGUUAUCAUGACGAGGAUUCACAGGGUACGCCAGACGGCAGCGGCGGUAUACAUUAUCCGUCAUACUUUAAGGACAGCAAAGGUAAUAAGAACUGGCAAAAGAUCUUGCCAGAUGUGUUGCAGCAUAUCGGCGUGCGGCCGGCCAACAUGCCGCUCUACGUGCGUUGUCCCAUCUGUGACAAGGAGUUUAAGCAGAAGACGACACUGCUGCAACACGGCUGCAUACACAUCGAGUCGCGUCCGUAUCCGUGCCCCGAGUGCGGCAAACGCUUCCGACAGCAGUCGCACCUAACGCAACAUUUACGAAUACACACGAAUGAGAAGCCGUUCGGUUGUUUGUAUUGUCCGCGUUUCUUCCGGCAGCGCACCAUACUGAAUCAGCAUAUUCGUAUACACACCGGCGAGAAGCCGUACAAAUGCGCGCAAUGCGGUAAAGACUUCCGUCAGAAGGCCAUACUGGAUCAGCACACACGCACGCACCAGGUAGGCGAUCGUCCAUUCUGCUGCCCAAUGCCAAAUUGCCGACGUCGCUUCGCCACCGAGAACGAGGUGACCAAACACAUCGACAACCACAUGAAUCCGAACACGACAAAACGGCCACGUCAAAGCAACACGAAUAAUCCGAAUGCGGCCAAUGCCAAUAAUCCGAAUGCCAACAGUCAUGCGGCCGCUGCCGCCGCCGCAGCCGCUGCCAAUCAUUUAAUGAACGAGACCAAGAAUGCGGCACAACAAUUCCUCAACAACAACAAUCCGGCUGCGGCUGGUGGCGACAAUAAAGCGAAUAUUUUGCCACGCGCCAUGGCGGCCGUACAGAAUGCCGCCGUGCAACAGUCGGUCGUCAAGAAUGAAUUGUACUUCCCGCAGUGUUAUGGACCGCCGUUCCAGCAAACGUUUCAGACGCAGGGACAGCCCACAGCGGCGCAUAGUGGCGGCGCCGCUUCACAGCCGCCCGUCAACGUGACGGUGCCGAAUUCGGUGGCGCCCGGUGUGGUGGUGCAACAGAACACGCCCACAUCGGUGGUGGCUCAGUGACAUCCCACCACUGCGACAGCAGCCGCCGCAGCGGCAGCAGCAGUGGCGGCAGCAGCAGCAGCCAAUAAUGCCGGCACACAGCAAGGUGGCGGUGGUGGAGGCGGCGUCGGUGUCGUGGUGCCCACAUCAGCACAAAGUGCAACCAACAACAGCGCUGCGGCGCAACAACAGCAAAAUCAACAACAACAACAGCAGCAGCAGCUGCAACACCAGCACGCGCAACAUGGCCUGUCACCGCCACAAACAGUUACACUCUCCAUCACAUUACCACCGGUGGCGCCACUGCCGAGCGCCGCCGCCGCAGCCGCAGCAGCAGCGGCCGCCGCGGUCGCGCAUCAUCCGGUGCAGGCGCAUCAGGCAUCGCAUGUGGGCGGCGGCGCCAAUCUCUGCGGGCCGCCCACACAUCUGCCACCAGCGCAUAGCGGCGGCGGAGGUGGCGCGCUAGGCGUUCAGCCACCACCGCCACCACCACCACACACACUGUCACACGCUAUUCCUAUACAUCCCCAUAUACACUCAAUAUUCGGAUCUCUAUGAUGUCAUCAAGCAGCAGCCUAAUUAUAUGAAGAAUACGAGUAUAAUUGAGAAGCCAACUAAAAAACUAACAAAACCAAUUAUGUAAGAAAACAAAAAAAAUAGCAAUAUAUGCGCAGUAAGGGAAGAAUGCAUAACAUUAACCUAACAAUAACGGUACAGCUACUAAACCACUCAAAAAACAGCAAAAGUAUUCAAACUGACAGCUGUUGAGCGUGCGCUGCAGCUGGACAUGAAGCGCGCACUCGCACGUACAAUAUAUAGGCCUGUGGCGCGUAGUAGUUUAUUGUUUGAAAAUUAAAACAACAACAUAUAGUUGAAGCAUUACUACAUAUGAAAUUAAUGUACCGUUAUUAUGUGUUUUUGUUUACGAGUGAAAAUAGUAAAGCACGCGCGCGGCAGUCGGUGUAACUAAGCGUAUAAAAUUCUUCAAAAAUUAAAAAAAAAAUCCGUUAUAAUACAAAAAAAGAUAGAAAAAAAGGCGCUCAAUGCUUGUGUGUAUUAGGCGCUAGCACUAGCACUACCAAUUCAACAAUUCACCAAUUCACCUUUUUAUACUUAUACUCCCGUUUUUCAAUACAACUUAAGUACGCGCGUACAGUGUGCGCGAAAACUACGCGGACAGACUUACUUUAGACACUACGGUUACGCAACUACAUAUUACACACACAACGUUCUUUAAACUAUGCCGUAAUUAUAAAAUGUUUUUUUUUUUUUUUUUUAAUUUUUUCAACUUUUUAUUUAACAGCAAGAAAUGUGAAAGGAAAUUGCAAAAAAUGCAAAAAAAAUAUUUUAUAAUUUAAUUGUUAAGUAUUAUUUCUCUUCUAAAUAGGCCUGCUUAUAACUGCAUAUAUAUAUACAUAUAUCUACGACGUUUACUUAUAAAUAUUAACUGUAAUUUCAAUAUAAUUUCUUAUGCACUUAAUUUUGUAAGCGAAAAUUAAGUUAGCGGAAGUGAGCGAGGAAUGUGCGCAAAAACAACAAAAACAGCAAAGCAAAUUUUAAAUGUAGUAAUAAUUUUAAUAUGAAAUCUAACGUUACUAUAUCUAUAUAUUUAUAUAUGUAUAUACAUAUAUUAUUUCUCGUCUGCACACCUACCACUAUACGUACAUAUACUCACCACACUGUCAACACACACACACAUAUGUAUUUUACGUAUGAUUAUUAUUGAAAACUUCGGAAAACAGUGUGUCUCAUCCAUACAUACAUACCUAUUAUACAUGCAUACACACACAUACAUGUAUAAAUAUGGAGGUUUUAGCCCGUAUAACAACCACAAACAAAGUCUUUUUGAAAAGGACUCUAAACUUUGACUAGAUAUGAGCGAAAGUUUUUAAAGCGUUUUUAAAAAACCAAUACAGAUACAAACAAGCAAUAGCCCAAACAGAAUGCAAUAUUAAAAUAAAACAGUUAACGAAAGCGAUAAACCGAAAUGUGAGAAGUGAAAUUUGGUGCUGUGCAGGUCCCAAUGCACGCUUGAGGGUUAAGAAAACUGAAUAAAAUAAGGUGUAAGAAAGCUUGUAAGCUACGAAAAAGCUUUUAAGCUUCGGAAAAAGUUGCUCAUAAAGCUUGUGAACCUACAAAUCAAAAUAAAAAAGUCACAUAAUUUUUGAAAAUAAAAUAAUUUAGAAAAUUUUUGUGCAAAUUUUCAACUCUUUAAGCUUUGAAAAAGCUGCGAAGUACUUUAUCAAAGUAUUAAACAAAAUAGCAAACAUAUUUUAAACAAAAAGUUUGUGAAAAUGUUUUAAAAGUUUUGUGCAAACUGUCAAGCUUUUAAGCUUCGUAAAAGCUGCGAAGAACUUUAUUAAAGUUUUCUUAUUAAAUAUAAAAGCGAAAUUUUUUAAAAUAAAAAAUUUGUAAAUAUUUUCAAAAGCUUCGUGUAAACUAGCAAGCUUUCAAGCUUCAAAAAAUCUGCGAAGGACUUUGCUAAAGCUAUAAAUAAUUUCCAUUAAAUUUGAACCGCAAAAAUAGUUCAAAUAAUUAAUUUUUAAAAAAUGUUCUGCAAACUUUCACGCUUUCUAAAUCAUCCUUGCUCUUAAAGCUUUUAAGUUCUGAAGACUUUUAAAAUGAAAAAAUUGUGAAGAAUUCUAAAAACUUGAAGAGAUAACAACUUUCACACUUUUAAGCUUCGAAAAAGCUGCGAAGAACAUUAUGAAAGCUUUUUUGAAAGCUUAUUAGCAAUUGAAGUCUAGAGUUUGUCAAAAAUUACAAAGGUAAUUCUUCUUAUAAGCAUGUUACUGGAAAAAGUCGUGCUUUUUUGUGAACUUUUCGCAAAGCAAAAUCUCUCAGGGCACAAAAUCACAUUUCGCGUUUCGGUUAUAUUCAACAACAGCCAUAAAUUAAACAGAAAAUCAAAUUUUCUACAUUUUUAACAAACUUAACACACACAUGCAUACACAACAAUAAACACUUACACACAUAAGUAUGUAGUAUACGACUUCUACUAAUUAUGCUAUGUACUAAUCAACAGUUACAUACUUCUCUGAGGAAAAAGCAGCAAAAACUAAGGAACUCGUAAAUUUAGUUAUAGAAACAGUUACUUUCUUAUAGUUUUUUCGCUUAAGUGAUAUGAAAAAUCUUCUAAUAUAUAUUAUAUAAACUUUUAUGAUUUACCAAUAUUAACGACACCCAAGCAAGUAUACUUUAGUUAAGGCAAGCAGCAAGCGACUGCUUUGGGGUUGCGGUGGCGUAUGAGUAACCGAGAGUGAGGCACUUAGCAGCAGCAGCUGAGUAUGUAGUAGUAGCUCAGUAAUGGGCAUGAAGCAAGUGUCAAGCGUAUGACUUUUACUUUACGUUAAAUUUAGUGCUUAAGUUGAACUUGAUACUUUAUUUUAUAUAAAAAAAAUUGGAGGAGAAGUAUAUGAAAAUAUUAAUUGUUUAUUUUAUUUUAUUUUAAAAAUAUUUUUUUAUAAAAAAAGAAUUAGUUUGUCACAAAUAAGUACGCAAUCACUGUUUUUUUUUUUUUGAACUAUUAUUAGCAACUUUAAGUUUUAUUAUAACCAAACAACUUACACUAAUGUAAUAUUUUUUUCACAGCAAAUUGUGAUUUAAUUAUUUUUUCAUGCCUUAUUUUUAAUAAAUUUCCUACUGUUCUUAUUUAUUAACAAAAAUAUUUAACAAAAAGAAGAAAAAAGAUUUGCAAGUUAAAAGCGUGAAUAAAAAAAUUUAAAUGUACGCAUAUGUCUUCCCAAUUGUAAAUUACUAAAUAUUUUUUCAUUGAUAUAUAAGUUUUUGUAAUUUUAUGCUGUGUUUACUUGUGUACUCUUUUAAGUGCAUAACCACACCAACAACAAGUGUUAGUUUGUUUAAAUAAACAAAACCAAAACGCAUAAAUGAAUGAGUUAAGAAAUGCGUGGCAUGUUUGUGUGAGUGAAGUUCGAACAGAAAUGUGAAAAUAAUAAAAUUACUACCACAAAUGCUAAAACGACUCGUACGGUGCCAUAAAAGCAGCAAACAUACAUACAUACAUGUAUAUGUAUACAAUGCAAAGCGUUGAAGUGAUGAUGUAGGGCAUUACCUGGUAAUGUCAUAUGACACGAGUUGUUUGAAACAAAAAAAAAAUUAAUCAUAAAAUUUUUUUUAAAUAUUAAAAUUAACGCAAUCUUUUUUUAAAUUUUAAAAUUCUAAAUUUAUGGUUGGUAAAAAAAAAAUUAAAAAUACACAAGA